UCACCACCCUAUGCAUCUCACCCUAAACAUCUCACUCACUUUUACGCACUUACCUUUGCUCCUCUUCACAAUAAUAACACCACACCACACAUGGUUCACUUUCAUCGGUGAAAUUAAUUAACUAAUUAAUUGGUCAACAUUUACCGUCAAGCGUAUUAAAUUCAGCAAAAUGGAGAACACGAAUAUAAAUUUUCUAAGCAUCUUCCGAAUCGCACAUAUCCAAGAUUUAAUUAAUACUAUGUGAUUUGGGUCAAUUGAUUUCAUCAUCCGGUUGUAAAUAUGUCUCGGUCAAUCAAGAACAUGACCGUUUCAACGUCCACUUCUGAGGAUGACAGUGAAGCAACGGGGUCAGAAUCGGAAGGGGGGACAGUUGUCACAAUUUCCUGUCAAGAAGAAGAAUGUGACACUUGUGAUGCUGAUAUUGAUGCUUUGCCCGUCUUCUUGAACGAGUUUGGUCGAUCUCACGAUAAAUGUUUGGUUUGUGAUGGGCAGAUAAGUGGAAAAGAAAAUGGGGUGGACUUGGGGACUAUUAAGGCGCAUAAGGAAAUCUGCAUCAAAAGUAUUCUUCCUGAUGUUCAAGUUCAGAGUAGCGUUUUGGAUAAAUCUUAUCCAUUUUGCAAGGACUGCACAGACUCAAAAGUGGCACGACUGACGGAUCUCUAUCGACAACUUUUAGUCCUUCAAGAAACAUUUGACGACGUGAGAUUUCUCAUCGUUCAAGGAAUCAUUAAAAAUUUCGUCAAAGAAAGACCAACCGGCGAUGAAGAAUCCGUUGGGGAAAAAGAUAAUCACAGAGACAAGACUGAAAAGAAGACGGAUAAAAAACGACACGGGGAUCGUGAUGGGGAUAAAUUAUUUCAAUACUGGAAACGAUAUGCCACUUAUCCAAAAAAGAUGGACGAGGAGGAAAACUUUCCAGACAUUCAAAUAGGAAAAGUGCAAAGUUAUUACAGGGGAAAUGUCAUGUUCGUUCCGCUGCCCAUCCCCACCAGUCCAGAGACUUCGGAUGGAGAGGUCAGAAUUAAGACGGAACCUGUUGAAACAUCCGACCAAGAAACCUUCAACGAGUUACUAAAUGGAAAUGCUGUGGAACCACCAAGCAGCCCCAUAAUGCCCUCCGUAGGCGUGAGAGACGCCUUAUUGUCACAACACGAGGCUAAUUCCCCUCCUCAAUCCCCAAUGAUUGGUUUCUCAACCCCUGGAUCCACAUCUCCCUCGUCAGAGUCUGACGAUAAUCUGGGAUUAUCAACGCCAAAAUCAAAACCGGCAGGAAAGCAAGUUUCUUCAGUUAACCACUCUUUCCUUCUACCCGACGCCUCUGCCCACUCUCUCACAUCUGGACGAAACAAGAAAAGAUCUCUCACUCGAAAGGUUCUACUGGAUAGCAAAACCCGACUGGAAAUCCUCCGCCAAAGAAACAAAACCAAAAAAUACGGCAACAACACCUCCACAGAUUCUGACUCGUCCAGUGGAUCGUUUUUCAAUCGAGCUCUGAAAGCGAAACGAAAAGCCAUCCGCACGUUGGGCAGUUUGGGUAUCGACCACGUCAGCAAAGUGAAGAAGAAGAGGAAGAAGACUGGCAAGAAAACGAGGAGGAGAAGGAUCGGUUUCACGACUGCACAUCAUCACAAUCAUAACAUUGCUCCAACUUGUGAUACUACUGGAGAAGGACCAAAGACAGCGACGACGGCGGCUUCUGACCAACUUUCCUCCAUGCCGAUACUGAUGAAAAUCAAGGAGGAAUUAGCCAGCUUCUCCUCCUCCUCUUCUUCCGGAGGUGAAUCCCCCACAUCCAAUAAUUAUCCAGAACACCCGCCAACACUCAGCAUCAUCAGGAGAAAGUCCACUCGGACCGUAAAGCGAAAAGUGAGAAAUGACUAUGUCACUAUAACAAAACCAGCAACUCGUCAAGGGGGUCGGAAAACCAGAAAAUCAGAUAAUCAAGCAGCACAUCCUACGGCUCGAAAAUCUACCUCCAAACUUCCACCACGUAUUCGGAACGGGAAACUGGGAAUGGGAAACCGGACUCCUCCAAAAAAGAAGAACAAUGUUGGAAAGAAGGAGCAACGACAACACAUGUGCUCGUCCUCAUCUGGGGAGGAGGUGGAGGAAGAGGACGAUAUGCUGAAUCUCUUCAAAUGUACUCCCAACAUCACAGAGGGGAAUCAGAGAGACGUCAAAAUUCCAGACUUUAAUCGCAGCGGAUCCAAAAAUAUCAGGACCAGGAAGAAAGGACCCCAUUCCAAGAAUGUGAACAAGUUUGACGAUGAUGACCAGCCCAACAUUUACACAGAUGAAGAUGGCACUGACUACUAUGAAGUUCCACCUCCGAACUACUUCAUAGACGACGAAGAGAACUCUUACUCAAACAGCCGGUCUCCGUCUCCAAGAAAGAAACAACGCCGUAGUUUUCAAUAUACUCAAGAAGCAGAAGCAGAAGAAGAGGAGGACGACGAGGAGGAGUACGAGUCUGAAGUUGAAGAGAAAAACCCACCCGACGGCGACGAGGAUAGCAGUGACGACUAUGAGAUUGGAAUCGAUGUGGAAAAUAUAGCGGCAUUAUGUGGAAAGAAGCGAAAGAGGAUAAAGUCUGAACCUCCUCCUCCUCAGCAAAAGUCGAAAAGGAGCAGCAACAAAACCAAACCUACGACGACCACCAUCACCACCACCAAUGCAAAGACUAAAAAUAAUGAUAACCAGCAAAAUGGGAAGGGCCUAGGUCGAGGUCGACCAAGAAAAGUGUUGACGCCAGAAGAGGAAGAGAAGCACAAAAAAGAUGCUCUAGAGAAGAGGCCACGAGGUCGGCCCAGAAAGAAUCAAACGCCAUCAUCUGUGCCUACCAAUACCACUCAGCAGGAGAAAGUUAAAAAAUCUCCAAAAACAAUAAAUCCUUCUCCAGGCACGACGAAGCAGAAAAUUAAAAAGGAAAGAGUGAGUGUCAAGUCUGAACCAAGAUUACCUCCUUCGCCGCCCAUGAUUCCUGGAGAUGAUGUCGUAGAUUUGACCACACCCACAAACGUGUCCGCAUUCUCCACUCUCCUCACGCAAACUGUCCGCUCACUCGUGCAAAAUGUGGAUCCGUCCCCAUCACCCACUCGAAGAUAUGGGAGCAGAAAUCUGGGCGGUGCUCUUCCUCCGUAUUCCGCACAACUGAAAACAUCGCCCAAAGAUGAAGGCGCACUCUUCUCGGAUUAUGAUGAUGGCGACGAUUUCGCUCCCGCAGUCUCAGACGCGGAAUCUUACGGUUCAGCAGAACGAAAAUCACGCUCCCGCACGAGAAAACCGCGAGUGAAGAAACCCAAGGCUGACAAAUCUGCAGAUUCUACCGCUGCUGCUUCCUCCACUUCUAAAUCUCCGGGCGGAAGUGCUGGCCGUCAGAAACAUCCAAAGAUGUGCUCAGUCUGCGGGAAAAUACUGGUUUCCAGCUGGAAUUUGACAGUCCACAUGCGCACCCACACGGAUAACCGACCUUACCCAUGCACUGAAGCAGGCUGUACUCUUCGAUUCUUCAAACCCGAGAACCUGCGGACCCACCUUCGCCAUCAUACGAAAGAGCGGCCUUAUCGCUGCGAGCUGUGCAACGCCAGAUUUUCUUAUCGCGUCGUCCUCCGAACUCACAAGGCUGCGAAGCACAAAGUAUACGAUUGCGAAGGCGUGUUUGAGUGCGUGUGUGGCGAGAAGACGAUAGCAGAAACGUUUCUGAGGAAGCAUUUCCGAUCUUGUGAGAGGAAACGCAAGAGAGAACAAGGCGAUGAUGCGCCCAACAUUCGUGACAAGUUCAAAGUUUACUGUAAUUAUUGCGAAAUCCAGUUUGAAGAUGGCGAGGAGUUCAAGACACAUCAAACCACGGAUAGAAAGCACAUUGAUAUUAAAAAUGCCAAAUUAGCGAUAGCUCGUAAGGAGCUCGGGGAAUACGAAAAGAGUAAGGAAACUCCUGACGCCAAUAACAGUACGGAAGUAGAGUGUCAAGUUUGCGGCGAAAAACAGCCCGACAAUCGUCUCCUCCAAAUUCACAUGAACAAACUGCACACGCAGAAAGGGCCGUUUAAUUGCGAUACGUGUGGUAAAUUGUUUUCGUCCUUCAGUAAUCUCAAGACGCACCAGGUCAUUCACGAUCAAGAUAAGCCCUUCGUCUGUCCAACAUGUAAUGAGGGCUUCAACACGAAAGUCUCACUGACUAAUCACACAAUCAAGAAGCAUGGAACGGGGAGCCUGUCCUUCUCUUGUACCUACUGCACGAUAGGGUUCUCGGGCUCACGGGCGUACCACAAACACAUGGUCAUCUCGCACAAGGAGCUCCAUUGUGUUGACAAGCCACACAUUUGUACCGUCUGCUAUUUCAUUUUUCGAGAGGAGGGACAGCUCGAUCGUCAUUUGAGAGAACGUCACGCUGAUUUGAUUUGCUUGUCCUGUGGAAAAAUGUUUGGUUAUCGGCGUGACUUGAGGAAACACAUGGAAGCAAUGCAUCGCUCAUCCGACCCACUCCCACCUCGAAACGACGGGAAGGCGGAAGAUGACGACGAAGAAUAUGGGAGCGAUGACAAUGAACAACAACAACCCAACAGCACACCAGUAACAGUCAUAGUACAACAACCGAUAAAUCCAACAGCAGCAACACAUUCAACACUUCCAAAAGUAUUGAUUCCUCCCUCGCUCCCGAAACCAAGAGGAAGGCCACGCAAGACUUCAAAGUCAUCAAAUAAGCUGUUUUCCGAGGAAGCUGGACCUUCUUCAACGACUGCGAAUGCACCACGAAGCUCAUUUCAACCUCCACAACAUUGCACAUCUUCCCUUCCACCCAAUUCGGACCCUCCGUUCAAUAUGGUGAUGAACAUGCCUGUUGGACCUGGACCACUUCCCCUCGUCUCCAGCAACUUUGAUCAGCAAUACGCCGCCAUUCUCUCCAGUCAAAGACAUCACAAUCAGAGGGAUGGAAGUCGUGACGAUUUUACAAAUAGCAGCUCUGGCAGCUUUCUCUAUGAAUGAGAGAUCAUCGUUUAUCUUCUAAUACAUAAUAUGCGUCCUGCCAAGAUUUUAGGUUACUUAACUCCUGAACAGUGAAGACAAAAUUUAUUAACAAUGUCCAAUCGCGAAUUUUGCAGUUUUAUGCAAAAAACUCAAUAACAUUAACUUAAAAUUGGCUGUGUAGAUUAUUUUUAUAUAUUGAAUUGUAGUUUAUGCAGAGUAUGGAAAGGGCAGCAUGACUUACAGCUGUAUUCUUAUCUUGCCUGAUUUUACAUAUAUUCCGAAUACUGAAAUACUACACUUACCCUGAGCAAUGCAAUAGAUGCGAUGUACUGCCUCUCAGAUUACGAUGCCAAACAGAUAACUUUACUAAUUUAUAUUAUGUGUUACCCUUUAUGUUAUUUCUAUUGAAUAUUUAUGUAGGAAUCCUUAAUUCGAAUCGAGCGUGCUAUCAUAUUGAAUUAACUUACAACAUUAUGCUCUUCCGUGUUUCUUUGUGUAAUACUGAAAUUACUCAAAGUUAAUUAUUUUGUAUGUGAAUUCAAAUUUUAGUAGAGAAUGUAAAGUUUCAAAUUUAUUAUGCCACAAACAAUAUAUUGUUAUAAUAUAAACCAACUCUUUACCCUAUUCGGGAUUCCGUAUUUAAUUCAGUAAAAAUAUAUUGAGUUUAUGUUGAGAUUUUGUACGCUUUUCUACCGAAAUAUAACCUACUUACAUAGGCGAAUUUAGAAAAAAAUAAAGAUGCAACAUAUUAGAAUCGUAUGUCAACA